CCCGCGACCCGGUAACGGAUAAGCAAAGAUGGAUGGAUGUAUGGAUGGAUGUUCUGUAAAUAAUCAACUUUCAUUUCCUUCAACCUAUUUCCUUAGGAUUCUGAUAACCCAGACCUCAGGGACCGUGGCUACAUCUACUGGCGUCUGCUGUCCACAGACCCUGUGGCUGCCAAGGAGGUGGUUCUGGCUGAAAAGCCCCUGAUCUCUGAGGAGACGGAUCUGAUCGAGCCCACUCUGCUGGAGGAACUCAUCUGCCACAUCGGUACUCUAGCUUCGGUCUACCACAAGCCUCCGAGUGCCUUUGUGGAGGGCAACCAUGGGGUUCAGCACAAGGGGCUCCCAGGAUCUGCUGGAUCUGCAGAAAGUGAGAGCCCUGAUGCCGUUUCUGCUGGUGCAGCAACUGAAGCCCCCGCAGCUGUCAUCCCGUCCCAGGGAGACCUGCUGGGAGAUCUCCUUAAUCUGGACCUGACACCACCUGCCACCACAGGACCACUGCCUCACUCUGGUGGCAUGCAGAUGGGUGCAAUGGACCUGCUGGGAGGAGGACUGGACAGCCUGGUGGGAGUUUUUCUACGAACCACUGCUGAACUUGGUGGAGACCUUGGAGGAAGUCCUGCUAUGGGAGCUGGUUUUGGUGCUCCACCGGCUGCAAUGCCACCUGCUUUCAGUGCUCCUGUCAGUGGAAGUCUGUAUGACCUUUUUGAUCUUGAUAAUGGAGUUGGAAUGCCUCUGGGCUCCUUCUGUCCUCCCAAAACUGUUUGGCUCCCGGCCAUGAAAGCUAAAGGUCUGGAGAUUUCAGGCACCUUUGUUCGUCAUGCUGGAGUCAUCCAGAUGGAAAUGACCAUCACCAAUAAAGCAAUGAGUGUAAUGACUGGUUUUGCCAUCCAGUUUAACAGAAACAGCUUUGGUCUUGCUCCAGCUGGUCCAAUACAGGUACCGUCUCCUCUCAGCCCCAACCAGAAUAUUGAAGUGAGCCUUCCCCUCAAUACUGUUGGACCUGUAAUGAAGAUGGAGCCUCUAAAUAACCUGCAGGUUGCCUUUAAGAACAACAUUGAUGUCUUCUACUUCAGCUGCCAGUAUCCCAUCAGUGUGUUGUUUGCAGAGGAUGGAAAGAUGGAGCGACAGGUGUUCCUCGCCACAUGGAAAGACAUUCCAAAUGAGAACGAGUCUCAGUUUCAGAUCAAAGACUGCCAUCUCAAUUCAGAUGCAGCCUCUAACAAACUGCAGAGCAUUAACAUCUUCACCAUAGCCGAGCGAACUGUGGACGGUCAGGAUAUGCUCUAUCAGUCCAUGAAACUCACCAACGGCAUCUGGGCGUUGGCUGAGCUAAAGGUCCAGGCAGGAAAUCCAAACUACACAGUCUCUCUGAAGUGCAGAGCUCCAGAGGUUUCCCAGUGUGUGUUCCAGAGCUACGAGGCAGUGCUGAAGAAUUAAAGAAAAUGACCCUACACCGACCACCUGCUGCCCUCAGUCUCCUCUCACCUGCUCCCCUUUUUCCUCUGCCUCAGUCCUACAGACUGCAUCUGUAUUUCCUUUCAACUGUUCAUUUAGGAUGUUUAACUGUCUCAUUCUGAAUCAACAUCUCUUUCCUGGUUUAUUCUUUGUGUCUGGUCAGAACAUGAACAUGAAGAAUGCUCUCUAGUUAUGUAUGGUCUGAAUGAAGCCUUCCUCCUCCUCCACCUCC